GUUUCCAAGUUCCUACAGGUGGUUCAGGAGGUAUAGGCGCACCUUCUCUUAAAAGAUCACAAUGGAGCACAGGAAUCUAGAAAUGAUAAAAAUAAAUAAAUAAAACCAGGAGUAAGAAAUACCACAUAUAACAAUGCAACAUUUUCAUCUGCAAUUACAAAUUAUUUCUCCCAAACUUUAAUUAUUAGUCACAAUUUAUUUUUUUGGAUUCAAUAAAAAAACUAACUGUUGCUUUGGGGAUAAAAUAAGUUUAGUUACCUCUGGAAUAUAUUCUGAUAUAAUUGUUCCGGUCUCUUGUGCUCUAGUCAUUGUAGAUUUAACCAUUUGUGUAUAGGGUAGAUCUAAUUCCUUUAAUCUUUUACCUGUAUAUUCUGCUUGCAUUCGCCCUUAAAAAAUUAUAAAUAAAUAUGUUUAUUAUAUGAUAGAAAUAAAAACACAUCCGCCUUUCUUAAUGACAUUUUUGAGUUCCUACAAUUUUGCAAUCAAUAAUAAACAAUAUAUGAAAGAUUCUAAUUAUUUUAAAUAAUAUAACAACAUACCCAAUUUGGUUAAAACUCGUUCUCCAUCAGUAGUACCAUUCAAAUUAUAUUGCCCAUGUCUGAUAAGUAUUAUGUGCCUUACAGCUGUAGGUUUUUUUUCUGUUUGUUCAUUGAGAGUAUUUUCUUCAGUUUCGGAAAGCCUCCUUCCUUUUAUACGAUUCAUAUAUUUUGGACAUCGGCUAAAAAUGAGAUAUAGCAUCAACUAGAAAUAUGAUACAUUGAUAUAUCAUUAUAAUAAUAAAAUAGUUUGUUAAUUUCAGAGUACUUGAGAUUAGGCAAUAAGAAAUAUUUCAAUAUCUAACAAAAAUUAUACUCACUGAUCCCAAUUUUCAUCCCACUUAGCAAAUGGAGAUGGAUUAUAAUUUGUUGUCCAUGAAUUUUGAACCUUGCAAGUGUUAUUUAAGUAAUAGAAUGUAACAACACCCGAGACUGCAGUUAAACCCAAUAUUAACUUUUUAGAUUUACUCAGAGACAUCUGAAAAAAAUUUAGAUUUCAGGAUUAAAGCUUGGUUUAUGCACCCAAAAUUAAAAUUUUCAUUAAACUAGACUCUGAUGGUGAUAUUUUUUUGGUUUAUGCAGUAAAUUAAGGAUAAUUGGUUAACCUAUAGAAAUUCCCUGUAUGGGUCCUUUUUAUCAUACGAAUGUGGAAUGCUUCUGACACUGUCUAUCAGUGUUCCAUCAUCUAAAAGACAUUGCUUUUUCCUAUUUUUGUUAUAUCAGUUUGAAAAAUAAACACCACGGCGGAAAUCGGCGCAAUAGCGUGAAUAAUACUUCCAUAAUCAAGGAAGAAGGAUGUUGUAAACAAAGUAAUACCACAAAUACAGACUGACCUAACGUUUUCUAUGAUCAUAACCUUACAAAAUUAAGAAAUUAAACUAAGUUAAAAGUUAGCGAACUUUUAGUUUAAUUUCAAUUUACUGUUCAUUUUCUGCAAGAACUAUAAGUACUAUUUCAGUGUCUUACAACUAGUAAUUUAAUUUGUUAGUUUAAUAGUAAUUUUUAAUUAUGGCUGCAUAAACCAAUCAUUAAUAAUUGAAAUUUGUACGAUUUCGUUUCUGAAAACCACGAAAUAAAUAGUGAUAAUUAAAAUUUAUUUUUACUUAACCUUUUGGCAGUUAUAAAACUAAACGAUUUAAAUUUAAAAUUCUUCCAGAUAAUUAUUAUAUAUUUUAUAGUAAAUAAAUUAUGAAUAUAAACAUGUGACCAAAGACUGUUUAUUAAGCUCCGUUCUAUUAAUGUGUUCAGUGUAAUAAGAAAGUAUAUUAUUUUUAGAAUGCUACUGUAGUUGUGUUACCAUAAGGUGAAAAAAUUAUUAAUUUACAUUACAGUAGCUCAUUCGUUAAAUGUGAAAUUAGUCAGUUUAAAGAAAAUGGUAAUAAAGAUAUUACGCGAAUAUAAACUUUGAAGACACGAUCAUAGAAGCAAAAAAUCAAGUAUAUUUCAUAGUAUUUCGACAGAUGAGAGAAUAAUAAAUUUCAAUGUCAAAAGUCACAUUUCUUCCUGAGGUUAACGAAGUUUACGAUUCAAUGAUGUAAUUUGGUAAUAAUUCAAAAAAUAACAAAUUUAAAUUUACCACCAUUUAAAUUCAAAAAAAAAAUGUUUAAAUAAUUGUAGAUAUACCUUUUCCAAAUAAUAAGGUAGUAUGAGUUUCACAAUAUCUUUAUUAAAUAAAAUUACUAACAGAUGCCGUUUAAAAUUUACCAAGGCUUAUUCAACAAAACCAAAUCAUUAUAAUUCAUUAGGUAUUUCUCCAAAAUCAACUCAAAACGAGAUUAAAACAGCUUAUUACAAAUUGUCCAUGAUAUAUCAUCCUGACAAGAAUAAGGACGAAGCUUCUUUACAAAAAUUUAGGAAUAUCACUGAAGCUUAUGAAGUUCUAGGAAAUGUAACUACUAGGAAAAUGUAUGAUAAAGGUCUCCACUUUGGAAGCUCACCAGUAAGUGAUUAUAAUAGCUUUUAUAAACCUAGAGAAGGACCUAGAAAUAAACCACCACCUCCUGAUGGACGUACCCCAAUUUAUGACUUUGAUGAAUGGUCCAAGAGUCAUUAUGGUGCAACUUUUCAUCGCCAAAUGGAAAACCGACGACGUAGACAUGAAUAUCAACACUUUCGACAAAAAACCUUAAAUGAUCAAAAGCUGGAACGAGUAGUUUUCUUCCUAAUGGCAAUGAUUCUAAUAUGUACGGUUUACAUAAAUAGAAAAAAUUAUGAUCAAGUUGUAAUGAGAAAACAGAGUACAGAUUAAUGUUACUGUGAUACAAUUUGUUUAAAUGUUUAUUAAAUUAUUUCUGUUUAUUUAAAUUAGUCCUCAAUUGAAUUUUAGGUUACGACAUUGCCAUUUGGUUUAUAUUGAGAAAUGAAUUUCAAAAAUUAGAAAUCAAGGAAAAUAAGAAAAAAAAUUAACACUCUACAAUGUUUAUUCCUAUUUAAUAUAAAAUUUUAGUUUUGAGUACAUUUUAUUUUGGCUUUUCUAAUUAAUACAGCUAAUGAUGAGUUACAUUAUUUUUACAAAUUUUGCUAAACUUUCAUAAAGACGAAGUAAAUCAGAAUAUUUUUAUGAAUUGCAAUUAGAACAUGGAAUAAUCUCGGAUUUUGUAGGGCAACAUUGUUUGUGGGCUUCUCAAUAAAGAUUGCAAUUUUUUAUUGCAAAAAUAAAAGUUCUGUGUUGUGCUAGGAUCCUAGUAUAACGUUACCCCGAAAAAAAAAAUAUUUUGAAUUAGAUUAUCGUUGAAUAAUCAAAUUUCUCAAAAUUUUUUUUUAGCGCAAUCUAGAACGAUAGCUCAAAAAUUUUGGUGCACGCUAUAAAAUGAUUUUACGCAAAUUGUGUGAAAAAAAAAUUUUUUUUCGAACUUCAUAUUUUGGAACAACAGAAAAAUUGUCAAAAUAUUUCUAACUGGAAAGUGUGGUGUUAACUUCUUGGAGGUGAUUAUCUUGAGUAAAUAACUUUAUGCUUUUUUGUAAGUAAGACUUUCUAUUUCUCCAAAAUUACAUAGAGAUGUGUCUUAAAAGUGAAAAUAUAUCAUUUGCACAUGA